CGGGGUGCAUCGGCGCAUGUGACUGAAUGAUCAACAACCCCAAACAGCCAUUGGCCUGCCUUCCCCGGCUGUUGUGCGAUGCCGGCGUUGUACUUUCCUCCCCUUGCCCAGGACUCGAGGAUCUCCAAACGAGAUCCAUUAGGUUCUCGCUGGCCUGGUCGAGCUCUGCGUUCCGGAAGUUAAUCGAUUGAUUGAACACCUGGAGCCCAAAUAACCACCUGUAGACGACUCUCGAUGAGCCGUCGCCCCCAACAUUAGUUAGCGCGUCCGCUGCACUCGGUAAUUGCCCCGAUGGCACAAGGAGACACGGCCGCCGCACUCCCGCAAGAGGUUCGCAGCCCCGAUGCGCCGGCACCCUACCGGACAUGCCAGGACCACAUGUUCCCACCGGCCACCCCGGACUGGAACAACCUCAAGGUCCUCCAUCGGAACACCUUGCCGCCGCGCGCCCACUUCUUCCUGUACGGCAGCCGUGAUGACGCCUUGUCACGCGAUGUGUCCCGCUCCAAGAGCCAGCUCCUCUCUGGCCAGUGGCUGUUCCACCUCUCCAAGUCGCCCCUGGUAGGGCCCACCGACUUCCACCAGCACACGCCCUCCGAGCUGGCCUCGAAGCAUGGCUGGGCUGGACAGACGAUCCGGGUCCCGGGCAUGUGGCAGCUGCAGGGCUACGGAAGAGGUCCCCAGUACACCAAUAUCAACUUCCCCUUCCCGGUCGACCCGCCCCGCGUGCCGAUUGAUGACAAUGAAUGCGGCCGCUACGCGACGGCUUUCACCCUCGGCCCUCAGGACAGAGACCAUCAGCUGCGCCUCCGCUUCGAGGGAGUGGACUCUGCCUUUACCGUGUGGGUGAACCAUCGCGAGGUUGGCUAUUCCCAAGGGUCCAGGAAUCCAAGUGAAUUCGACGUCACCCCCUUUGUCCGCUGCCCGGGCGUCAACUAUGUGCAUGUCGAGGUGUACCAGCGUUGUGAUGGCAGUUACAUUGAAGACCAGGACCAAUGGUGGCUGAGCGGUAUUUUCCGCGACGUGUGGCUGCACAAGUUCCCAGCGACGCACUUCGAGGACAUCCACGUGCAGACGGUUUUGGAUGACGACUACCGAGAUGCGACCUUGCUUGUUGAGGUCAAGAUCAACUCCGACGCCAACGUCACGCUGAGCCUUCUGGACGCGGAUGGAUCGGCGAUCGCCAACCAGACCCGGGCCGCAAAGAAGGGCUCCGUCAGAUUCGAGUUACGGGUCAAAAACCCGCACAAAUGGACCGCCGAGACCCCCUACCUCUACCAGCUGGUGCUCUCCAUGCCAGGUUGCGCCCUAGCCGAGAGGGUUGGCUUCCGCCGGGUGGAGCUGUUAGAUGGCGUUUUCAGUGUCAAUGGGAAGCCCGUCAAGUUGAGGGGCGUCAACAGACACGAGCACCAUCCCGACUAUGGCCGUGCAGUUCCUUACGACUUCCUCAAGGCGGACCUGAUCCAGAUGAAGCAGCACAACAUCAAUGCCAUUCGGACGUCCCAUUACAUCAACGAUCCGAGACUCUACGAGCUUGCUGACGAGUUGGGACUGUGGAUUUUGGAUGAAUGUGAUCUAGAGUGCCAUGGGCUGUUCGUGGUCGGAGGCAAUGGCACCGCGUUCACUUCCGACAACCCUGAAUGGGAAGAGGCCUACCUCGAUCGUGCCCGGCAGAUGGUCAUGCGCGACUUCAACCGCCCCUGUGUCAUUCUCUGGUCUCUCGGCAACGAGUCCGGAUACGGGCGGAACCACCAUGCGAUGUACAAGUUCAUCAAAAGCCUCGACAAGAGCCGUCUGAUCCACUAUGAGGGCGACUGGAACGCUCAGUCAGCCGACAUCCUUAGCAGAAUGUACCAUUCGGUCGGAGAUACCGAAGCGUACGCGAAGGACCGAAACUGGGACAAACCUCUCGUCCUGUGCGAAUACGUCCACGCCAUGGGCAACGGCCCAGGGGCCAUCAAGGAGUACAUCGACCUCUUUUACCGCUAUCCUCGCUUGAUGGGCGGUUUCGUGUGGGAGUGGGCGAAUCAUGGCCUCAGAGCGAAGACAAAGGACGGCAGAGAGUAUAUGGCAUACGGUGGUGACUUUGGCGAUGAGCCUAAUGAUUACAACUUUGUUAUGGAUGGGCUAUGCCUCUCGAACCACACACCCGGCCCCGGUCUCAUCGAGUACAAGAAAGCGAUUGAGCCUGUCCAAACGCUCGGCGUGGAGAAAGGCGACAAAGUGCGCAUCGUGAACCGGUACGACUUUGUGACCCUUGAUCAUCUCGAGUGCUGGUGGUCAAUCGUCUCGGACAACGCAAACAUCACGCCCUACCAGCGUGUGGCAAUCCCUAAGGGCGUAAGACCUCACACCGAAGCUUUGCUGCACAUCCCCGGCCUCGACUACCACCGCUCGGCAGACUCGCAUUUGAAUUUGAAGUUUGUGCUUGCAGGGGCCACUGCCUGGUGCGAGGCGGGUCACAUCAUCGCAACUGGGGAGAUACAGUUGACCCGGCCAGCAAGCCUCCAACUCCAGCGCCGUAUCGCUGGCCGACAGCCACAGCGACUCCUUGUCGAGAUGAACAAUGACUCCCUGCUAUCUAUAACUAGCAGUGAUGGACCAUCCUGGAAAUUCGACCUCGCGCGCGGUGCCCUCGUCAGCUGGCAGCGCCCAAGUCCAGAUCCAGGUCGCCUGUCCGCCCCCAACAUUCUGAGCGAACCCCUCCUGUUCGACAUCUACCGCGCACAAACUGACAAUGACCGCGGCUGCGAUUUUGGCCGCAACUGGCGAGACCGCCGUCUGCAUCAGGCAAAGCAGCAUCUCAUCCAGUCAUCCUGGCAGACGCACGACAACGGCGUCGUCCAAGUCACGGUCAAAAGCCGCAUCGCACCGCCCGUUCUGAACUGGGCGCUGGAGAUCACCGCCACAUACUACUUCCUGGACGACGCCGUCGCCAUUCGCGCGCAUGCGAAACCAACCGGCAACCUCCUUCCCCGCGCCUGGGGCCGUCUCGGUCUCGUAACGGCCAUCAAGGGCUGCGACCAGGUACGCUGGUUCGGGCGCGGGCCCGGCGAGGGCUACCGCGACAGGAAGCUCAGCCAGCUGGUUGGGAGGUGGGAGCUGCCUGUUGACGAGCUCGUUACGGACUACGAGUUUCCGCAGGAAAACGGGAACCGGACGGACGUGCGUUGGGUCGAGUUUCUGACGUCGCCGUCUCCUGCGGGUGGGGAUAAAAAGAGGCCGGCUCCGCAGCCACAGCGUCUCCUGCGGGCGCGGUACGGGGAUUUCGAGGGCGCCAGCUUCUCGGUGCUGCCGUACUCUGCAGCUGAUUUGGAGGCCGCUCAGCAUCCUUACGAGCUGCACGAUCGCAGAAGGAGCGAUCGGGUGGUCCAUCUGGACUGGAUGCACCAUGGUCUGGGCACGGGCUCGUGCGGGCCUGAGACGCUGCCGCAGUACACGCUGGACGCGUGGAAGGAGUAUGACCUUGAGGUGCUUUUGGACUAGGGGCUGAGACGUUUUUGAGUUUCACGGGCACGCCGUGAUUGGGGCGGUCUCUCUUUUCUCCCUUGGUGCAGUAGGGUACCUCGCUGAUUUAAAAUGCCAUCUUGACGUGGGUAACCCAUGUCCCUGUUUGCCAUAUGGGCUUGUUCAAGUAGGAUUCUCUUUUCGCUGGUGUAUCGUUGGCAACGGUCUCCCCAACGGCAUCUUCAAUUUAGGUGCUUGUCGAACACAAGGCGCCAACGGACCAGGAUGACUUGGUCUGCACCGACAGUCGCAUUUGGAUGGGGAAGCAUUGCGGGAUAUCUUUGCAAU